AUUACUAGUAUCAUUCCUUCUUAUGGGCUUGAAUUUGGGGGAACCUCAGUGUUCUUGACAGGAUCUAACUUUAUCAACUCUACAGAUUUGUCAUGCAGAUUUGGUUCAAUCACAAUUACAGCAGUUUUCUUAGCUCCGGAUACCGUAUUUUGCAUCUCACCUGCACAAGCGCCGGGUGCUGUAGAAUUAUCUGCUUCAAACAAUGGUCAUAUCUACAACACAGCUAGAUUAUUGUUU